AUGGCAUGCAAGGCCUUCUGUGACCUGGUCCCCCGGAUAACUCAUGAUGUCCCCAUGGGCCAGGCCUCCAGCCACAAGAGAUGUCACACUCAGAGCUGGCUGAACACAAGAGCACUGCCCGGUCCAGACUGGCUCCUCAUUGGCAGGAAGAUCAUUGCAGAAAGAGACUUAGGCUCUGCCGACACGCCAUCCAGACUGAGGAAGACCCGGAAACUUCGGGGCCACGUGAGCCACGGCCACGGCCGCAUCGGCAAGCGCCGGAAGCACCCAGGAGGCCGGGGUAAUGCUGGUGGCAUGCAGCACCACAGGAUCAACUUCGACAAAUAUCACCCAGGAUACUUUGGAAAAGUUGGUAUGAGACAUUACCACUUAAAGAGGAACCAGAGCUUCUGCCCAACUGUCAACCUUGAUAAACUGUGGACCUUGGUCAGUGAGCAGACACGGGUAAAUGCUGCCAAAAACAAGACUGGAGCUGCUCCUAUCACUGAUGUGGUGCGAUCGGGCUACUACAAAGUUUUGGGAAAGGGAAAACUCCCAAAACAGCCUGUCAUCGUGAAGGCCAAAUUCUUCAGUACAAGAGCAGAGGAGAAGAUUAAGGGUGUCGGGGGCGCCUGCGUUCUAGUAGCUUGAAGCCACAUUUGAGGGCGUUCAUUAAAUGCUAACAAGUGCUUUAAAAAAAAAAAAAAAA